UUCUCUUUCAUUCUUGUAAAUCUCCUGUAUCUUGGACAAUCCUCGGAGCUCUGCAUCUUAGACAGAAGCUGAUCCGGUACACGAUACAAACGCUUGCAGAACAUACCAAGAGAUAGUACAGACUUGACUCUAGCAUGUCUGACGAUUGGGACAUCGAUGAGGAACCCGUCAAGUCGGGAUCCUCGACUCCAGCUCCAGCAGCAGUAGCACCUAAAGUCGUAGCGAAGACUAAAUGGCAGGGUGAAGAUGAGGACGAUGAGGAGGACGACUGGGAUGCGUCCGAGGACGAAAAGCCGAAAGCUUCAGCUCCGACUACUGCCGCCGCGCCAGUCAAGAAGAAGAUGACCUUGAAGCAGAAAUUGGCUGAAAAGGAGCGCUUGGCAAACUCACCAAAGGUGAAUGGAGAUGAUGACUUGAUUGAUACGACCACUGAACAAGAUCGGAGACGGAUGGCAAGGGAGAGAGAAUUAGCAGCGGAUAUGGCAGUUGCGGAGGAUCUUAUGGGAGGAGCAAGCAUAGAGGACACCAAAGAGAUGCUGCAGAAGAUCCUCACGUCCAACCCUUCUUCUAAAGAUGAAUUUGUCGAAUUAUCUCAACAAAUCAUGACUCUCAUCUUGUCUCGACACGCUUCCAACCCUCUCUAUCCUAUAUUCGCCGAACAGUUUGCCAAGGACUUUUGUGAACCUCUGACAGCGGUACAGAUCCGCAAAGUCGGCAGUGGACUAUCGACAUUGAGCAAUACGAAGCAGCAGGAGGAGAGGGACAAGGCGAAUGGCAAGAAAAAGCCCACCAGCAAACCUAAGCUUGGGGUCGUCAAGAGUAUUGCCAAGGUCGACACUGACGCCUACGACGAUGUCCUGGACGACGAUGAUUUCAUGUAGAGCCUAAUAUCCAGCAUUUUGAGCCCACCUGCUAGUGUCGUUGGGCAUUGGUCUACCUCUAGCAUGUAUAUCAUCUAUGGAACCGCUGUGAUUGAUGCAUACGGCGUCCCUUCUGAA